GUCCAGGGUGAUCAAGCAAAGAUGGCAUCGUACCCCAAGAGUUACGUGUUCCCGCUGGCCUUGACGGACGCGUGGAAGGAGGAGAUCUCGAGCAAGACGCGUGAGAAGCUAACAGAGAUGCUGGGCGUCGAGGUGGACAACGUUAUGGCGGAAUACGUGAUCGUCAUGGUGGGCAACAAGAAGAACAUGGAGCAGAUCGCCCACGACCUCGUGGACUUUAUCGGUGACGAGUCCGCCGAGCAGUUUGUGACUUGGCUCAGUCAAUUGCUGCCCACGUUCGAGGCUCAAGCUGCUCAUGAGACUCCAGCUAACGAGAUAUCGCAGCCAUCAGCGGAAGUAGCCCCGGUGCCAGAGCAGAAGGACGAGAAGAACGACAGUGCACCACCCAAACGUGUUAUCAGUUUAAAGGUGUUAUCGUCAUCCGAUCCGCCCAAGAAGGUCGUGUCGCUCGGUAGCAACCGAGGUACGAUCCGCUCUUUGAACCCAUCCAAGACCGACCUGGACGACGUGAUCGCUCGACGAGCUCAACGCUUUGGCGUUGUGGAGAAGAAUCCAGCAGUCAAGAAGUCCCCGUCGUCGUCAGGAAAAGAAGAUCGUCACCAACGUGAAGAAACGAGAACGACGGGGAACAAGAGAAGAGCAAACGAGCGGGAUGAAGGCGGAGGUCGGCUGUCGAAACGACUAGGACCGCCGGUCAACGUUGACCAGGCUGAACUGGAUGCUCGUGACACUAUGGGCUUACACAAGAAGCGACGUGGAGAUCAGGAGGAGAAUUACCACAGGGGAGGACGUAACUGGAGAAACGACCGGGACCAUGACAUGGACGAUGCAGGUCGUAACGACAAGCGGAGAAAUAAUCGUGACGUGGCGCCACCUUUGCCUCCGUCGGAUGAGAAAGAUGACUUCAAAGGCAAGCAGGGAUAUGGCCAAGGUAUGGGCCCGCCGAUGGGCUUUCAAGGUGGUCCCAUGGGCUACGGCGGCUACCCGCCGUUUGGAGGUCCGAUGUUCUACCCUCCACCAGGAUUCAACCCGUACGGGAUGGGAUUCCCGCCUCAAGGCAUGCCGCCGUAUGGUGGCCGUGGCUACCCUCGCCCGAUGCAGAACGGUCCUCGUGGCGCACGACCAUUCCAGAACCGCAAGUGGGUCAAUCCCAACGUCGCCAAGGCUGAGGAAGCCAAAGCCAAUGAAGACAAGCCUGAAUCCGAAGCAGCAGCAAGUGAGACGAGCAGCGCUCCACAAAACGCCGGUGUGAAUGCUAGCGCUCCAGCCUUUGCCCCACGCAACCCGUACUACUCAUCGCAGAUGCGCCCGCGUUUCCAGAACAAGACGUGGGUGCGACAGGACCCUGCUAAGGACGAGGAGCUGAACUCGAGUUUGCCCAAGACUCCACCCAAGGAACUACUGGAGAGCACGGAAUAGGUGCGUUUUGAUCGCGAUUGGCAUCGUAGACCAACUAAGCAGGUUCAGUCGAAGACACCAAGCAUGAUGGACAACGUUACUACGUCAACCGGGGU